UAAAAUAUCAGAUUUUUUUUUGGUGCCUGAGAGGCGAAGAAAUGAGCAACGUAAAACCCAAGAAGAGCAACCAACCGGGCAUAUUCAGCAGAUGCUUGAGGGCAUCAAAAAGGAUGUUAAUGAAGGCGAGGGAACUGUAUGUGGAGGGGAUGACUGACUGUUCGGAGAUGAUUGCUUUCGGGACGGCGAUGGGGUGUCCAUGGGGUCAAGUCAACAUGGGUUUUUUGCCCCGGAGUUACAGCGUUAACCCGUCAAAAUCAUCGAGCAAUAACGAGGAUUUGAGAGAGCUCGUUAGAGCUGCUUCUUCAAGGAGUCUAGGCAAUAGAAUUGAAUCGGAUAGUCUUCAGGGACAAGUACAGGUGAGUAAAAGUGGAUCAAGUAAAAAGAUAAUGCCAAUGCCGAGGAGCUAUAUUGUUGCUCUUGGGAGAAUUGAUGAAGAACAUAUCUGUGAGUUUGAAGACGAUCGAUGAUGUCAAAGUGAAGAUGAAUAGUGAUUUAUUUCAAACAUAUUGAGAUAUAUGUCAACAGUGAUCAUUGUCUACUUUCUUUUGUUUCCAGUUUCUGCAGUUCUUCAUAAAUAGUUGAAUUGAAUUUUAGU